AUGUCGUCUAGCGGGAUCAUUGGCACCGAUCAAGACAUUGGCGCGUCUGACGAGAAGACAGCGAGUAGUGAAAGGAUAGCCGGAGGGGCGACAACCAGUCUUACCGGUGAGCUGCGCCUCAUGGUGCACAAGAACGCUUCCCUUGCGAGAACGGCAAUUGAGCUCCUCGAUCUCUAUUUGUGUUUGUGGGAGUGCUACGUCACCAGGUCUGCUGCGAUGAUACGUUUGGAAGAAGAGCGUCGGCUUCUGCAGAGCUCGAAUGACUGGCUGGCGCGCGAGAACGGGCGACUUCACGAAGCCUGCACUAAUCAAGCCCUGUUGCUCUGGGAUCGACGUCAGACCCUCGACUCAAUCCAACAGGGAGUUUUCGAGAUCCUGCAGAGUAGUGAUAGGUUCUCAAAUCAAAUGAUGCUUGUGCUCACACCAUCGUUUGCAGUCUCACCUCUAGAUCUAGACCUAGAUCUGGAUCUGGAGCAGCUAUGGGAAGAUCUUUCGGAUGUACCGUCGUCCCCUGCAUUUUUUGCCUCCGAUUAUGACCAUCUAUUCCCGAUGGAACCCCUUGAUGCACCUCUCUACGGGGCUCAGAAACUCUUCACUCCAUCGCCUAUCGAAUACAUUUUUUAUCCGACCCGCACGGCUGUGGGUGGACUAGACCAGACCCUCUGUCCCCCCCACACCUCCGCCGACGACAUUUUCCUCUUCAUGUCUGCAUUUCUACUUUUUGAGCAGAUCCAGUGGGUAGAGUUUCGAUUCUGCAGGUUAAUAACACGGACCGGCGAAAUCGCGGAGGAAUACCCGUUCUUUCUGCCUCGUGUUGAGUCUAUCCUAGGAAAUCUGGCUCGGGUUCGGGGGCAGAUACGUGACAUCAUAUCGCGACAGGACAGCCGAGGAGCCUUGACAGGCUCGCACUUCCAGUUAUGCAUGUGGCCGCUAAGCGACACAAUGCGGGAUCCUCCGCAGGAAGUCGCGAGUCCAUGCGUCCGCCCGACCGGGUCUGUGACGGCGCUUGAUCCGGUCUUUUUUAUCCAGAAUAUAGCAGGCAAUUUUAAAAUAUGA